AUGCCUCGACGAGGAUCCAUAUUAGAUUCUAGGAGUGACAGGUCCACAUCGAGUGACAGGUCCACUUCAUCCAAAUUAUUUCAAACUACAUCAAGGCAUAAUAACAAAGGAUCCACAUUUCAUCAACCUGUGUAUCAGAACGCAAAUGAGUAUUAUAUACCUACUCUGGGGAGUACACAUCCUCCUCAACAUGAUUAUGGGAGGGCUGAUGCAUAUCAAUAUUAUGAGGGCUGUCAUUUCCAAGAUUUGCUUCAAACUCAAGGAGGUUUCUCUCGAGAUAACCAACUUGUUUAUGGAGGACAUAAUUUAUAUAGGAGUUAUGAGAGAGUUAAUGGUGAUGAUGAUGAUGUGAACAUUAGCGAUGAAGAUGAGGGAGACGAUAGUAAUGAGAGAGGUGUAUGUGAUGAGGAUCAAGAUGGUGUUCCAUCAUAUCAUGGUUCAACAUGUUCUCCAUACAAUUAUGAUCAAAGUGUUAAAAGGAAGGGUUUUGACACGCCAAUAGAUCCAAUAACAAGAAAAAAAGAGCUUUGUUUGUAUGGAACAACAGAGUUCAAUAACGCAUUGUGUGGACGUGCAAUCAAAGAUAUUUUGAGGUCCAAUUUUAAGGGAACAUGGCACUCUUGGGAAAAAGUAGAUUCAAUGUGCAAGGAUGAACUCUUUAAAGAGUUUAAGGUAAGAACCAACACUAAUUGCCACAAUAUUCUUUUAAAUUUUGAUAACUUUAAUGUAGCAUUAUGA